UAUCGCUAUUUUGAUUGGUUUCUUGUGAAAUGUGUUAAAAAAUAAAUUAAAAAAGACUGAACUGCACUAAUGCAGGUCUGGACAAAUGAAAAAGGCUUGUUGUAUAUUCUGAUGUAGAAAAUCUGAUGUAUCAGGAAAUUAACUUGGAAUUGGCAAAAGCAACAAACAUUUUACAAGUAGUCGUCACACAAUGUUUCCCGUAAUGCAAUUUUUUGAGGAUAAUAUUUCAUCAAGGAACGUUUUAACUUAUUUCAUGCUUCAAAUACAACAAUUCUAUUUGCAGUCCACAUGGUAACAGGCCAUGGUGUAGCCCAGGGGUGGGCAAUUAUUUUCCACAAGGGGCCACAUGAGAAACACAAAAUAUCGUUGAGGGCCGAGCCAAAUUUGAAUUCAUUUUAAUUUAAUUAAAAUGAAUUAAACAUUUUAAUUAAAUGAAUUAAACACACACACACAGAGCACCUGCACGCUUACACGCACUAAUGCUGCAAUCACAUCGGAUGAGUUUACAUACGAGUGACGGUGCUUCGCUGGUUAGAUAAUAAACAGGGAGGGAGAUGAUAACUCCUGAACUUAAACCGAGACACUUGUAGAAGAAAAGUACCACGGACCUCGUACUUAACGUUAUCUUCUAUAUAGGCUGCCUCGUCAUCAGAUAAGUUCUUAUAUUUCUCUUCUUGUUUGCUCACGUAGUAGCGAUUCAGAUUGUAAUCCUUAAACACAGCUACUUGUGUACCACAAACUAAGUACACGGCGUUACUUUUGACGCCUGUAAAUAAAUAUUUAGCAGUCCAUGUCUUGUUGAAAAUGCACCAUUCGGAAUUAACUAUUUUUUAACGCGAGUCGACAUUUUUAGGGGGCCAGGGGUAACUGGAUAGCGUCACCAGUCGCUGUGCAGACAGACGCAGAUGCGUGCGUCCAUACGUCAGGCUUUUCGAAAAUAAAAGCAACACAGUUGUAGUGCAUGCGCAGCAUAAAUACUCCCAUCUGUGUUUAUGACUGACAUACCGCGGGCCGGACAGGGACGCUUAAAGGGCCGUAAAAUGCCCAGGUCUGGACUAUGGUUUAAAUCCCGAAGCAAACGUGCGAUUGAUAUUCAUGAAAUCCACUAGCGCACGUCAGUAGCUUACUCCCAUCAUGCCUUUCGCUGUUGAUGGACGCGCCGAGCAAGUCGAGAACGCGGACUGCUCGUUCACAAAACCGAUAGAGAUUAUAGGAGUAACACUACUGCGCAUGCUCUGUGGACCACGCAACCCGAAAAUAAACCCGAAAGUCAAAGGGGCGGUGCUCUAUCCAGUUCUUGUAAUACAUCCAUGAUUUGGACCCAUCAAUUCACAUUCACAACUCUUUUUGAUGUAUGUAUAUAUAAAAAGAUUUAAUUCAAAUAACAAUCUGGCACAAACCUCGACCCUGCAGAGGGUAGAGUGGCUCACUACAGGCUGAUGUUUGUUUGGGUUUAAUUAAGUCUAAUCAGACUGUUGGGCUCCAGCUGCUGCAUCAGUGGCCCACAGCCUAAUCAAAAAACCUGUGCGUCUUCUCAGAGCUGCUGUGAAACUGAGAAACAAAGCAUUACAUAAAUCCAGGUAUGACUUUGCAGCUCAAAACCAAAACUGAGCUCUUUGACCUGCACUGCUCUGUAGGCCUGACAGACUGGGACAUGGACAAGGAGCUGAAACUGGCAACUACAACUGACCAAUUUUUCCAUGAUGACAAAUUGAAUGAGCAGUAUGUUAUCCAGAGGCCCUCAGCAAGAGCUUCCAGAAGAAAAGAUGAGUUCAUUUGGUAUGAUAAAACAUCAGACACCUUUGUGAAGCCGAACCUGUGGCUGUUGGUGAAUCCCGACAUUGCCUGCCCAAUCCAGUGUGAACCGAGUACCGAGGUUCUGCAGACUCCCCAUGAACCUACAGAUGAAAUCCAAAGGCCUCUGCUGAAGCCCGCUCAGAACCAACAUCCACCUUCAAGGCAGCGCCGCAUGUUUGCCCCCCAUCAUGUUUCCGUUAAGGAGGCACUGCUGCAUCCAGUCUCCUCCGCCGCCACCAAGCGCUUGAGGAACAAGGAGGACGUGUCCUGUCGACCAGCCAAGAAUAGACGCAAGGGGAGGACCACCAAAGCCAGGGAGAGUAAGAACCUGAAGCCAGGAUGCUGGCCUCGUCCACCGGUGAAUUAUUGCAUCCUCAUUGCCUUGGCGCUUAAGAGCAGCCACACUGGGAGCCUCAAAGUCCAGCAGAUUUACAACUUCACCAGAGAGCACUUCCCCUUUUUUCAGACCGCUCCAGACGGCUGGAAGAACACCAUUCGACACAACUUGUGCUUUAGCAACAGCUUCUGCAAAACCUGCAACCAACUGUGCAGAGAUGGAAAGAGGAAGUCGUGUUUUUGGCAUCUGACCAUGGAUGGCCAUCGCCGGCUAAAAGACGAGAUCCGUGCACUGGCAGGAGACUCCUUGAAACAGCUGGAGCGGAGCAUGUCACACCCAGAUAUAAUUUGGAGUUUACUUGCAUUGUGACAGCAGUUGUAAAUGUAGUAGUUUGAAUCAGUGCAUAAUAAAGCUCAAUAUACAUAAUGUUUUCAUGCUUCUUGCAUCAUGUUCUUGUAAAUAUGUAGAGAGACAUUCAAUUUUGUAGAAGCUGAGUUAGCGGUAUAUGGCUGCCUGUCAGUCAGGUACAUAAAGCCAGAUUUUUGAAGCAGAUACAGAUAUUUGUGUUUAAGAAAAAGUGAUUUGUUUGAGGUGCUGACAUAUUUAGAUUUGACGUCCCUUGUGUGCUGCCAGUGUAAUUUGCACUUUGGUCAUUUAGAUACUAAUAUCAGCAUGGUGGCAAUUUUAUUAUAUGCCAAGGUAAUCUCACGGUUGAAUUCCUGUCUUUAACUUCAGGUUUGAUUAAGAAGUUGUAUGUUGCUCAAACUAUUUUUCCAGCACUUUUUUUUUUUUUUUUUUUUUUCUCAACACAUUUACAUUUUCAUGUUCUAAUGUCUGAUAAACUCAAACCAAUGUGUUCACAUAACAUAUUUGAUAUUAUCAUGUACCUGCUACCUUGUGUCUCUUGGGUGUAAUAUAUCAUUGUUUCAAGUCUGUAGGUGAAUCUGCUCCCUAUUUUCCAACAAUCAAAUUCUGAACAUAUGGAGACAGGGGUUGAGUAUUUGCUUAGCAAAUGAUUGCACUUUACAAGGAAAUGACUUGAAGCUGGAGGUUCUAUGAGCAGAGGUGUUUCUUACUGAGGACAUUGUCGCACGGACAGCAAAUAGGAGUACUGUGGUGAUGAUGA